CCCUGCCCGCUCACAGCUUCCUAUGUUGUUGAUUCGUUUGGAUUCUCUCAAAUUCGUUAUCUUAAUUGUGUGUUUUAGCACUUCUAACCCACGCUCAGAGAAUCCGGUCCGCGGUAAAGUGGAAUCAGUUUGACUGAUUUACGGCAGAAAUGAUUAACUAUUUUCAGAUUCCGAUUCAGUGUAUUAUUAACGCCAAGAAAGACAUUUUACUCCAGAUCCGAAGCCUAGAGAGGGGUGCAAUCACAUCAUAUAGUGGAAGAGCCUUUCCUCUUUCAAGGUGCCCGUCCACGAAAUCAGGGAGCUGAAAUCUCUGCUCAUUGCAAUAUUACGCCUACCAUGGAUUAUUUAAUUCAGUUGGUGACAUUAAAAAAAAAGAACUCCCCGCGGCUUUCCAGCUCCGGGCUGAAAUUAACUUCCCCAUCCAUCUUUGACGAUGCAGAAAUGAAUGUGGAGCAAUAAGAGGGCAGCGGACCUGAUCUCUGGUUCCUGUGGUGACGGGUCUUCGCGUCCACGAGUCUGCGCCUAUGCUCUGCACCGCUGGGGAUCACAAGACAGCACGGCAAGUCUGGCAUCAAGCAAUUUUUGUGCCAGAAUCAUUUCAGCGUCAGUAAUGCAAGUUGGUUCAAAGAGCGGAUUAAUUGUUUGUCGAGAUCUAAACGCCAAGUAAACGUCCAUCUGAUGAUGACUUCGGGAGAUGGCAAUGACUUCGAGUAAUUAAAAAAUGCAGUUGAAGUACUAACUCGCCGGAGCCGACGGCUUGAAAGGACGGUUCGUUGAAAGAAUGCGCCGAAGGACUGCAACUACAUAUAUUGAUCGGAAACCUCGCUCAAGCAUUGAGACAAAUGAGGGGCCACUCUCUUUCCAAUAAGAAAAACACAAGUUUUGUCUGUCGUUCUAUUUAAACCCAAAGUACAAGUUUGAAUUCCUAGGCUUACUUGCCAUACUCUGUCUGUAUCUAGCUGUACAGUGAAACAGAUUACUUUAUAUAGCUUAUGAUAUUGACAAUGAAACAAUAGAUGCCACAUGGUCUAAAUGAAGCUCUUCGACGUUUCUAAGGCGUGUAAUUCUCUUUCUGUCGGGAUCUUCAUUCCAAGCAGAACUGCGCCUGUUUCUGCCGCAGUGGCCCUGAAAUAUGGAGCAUUUUGCAUCGUACCCAGCCGCUCUGAACGUCUCCUGCACGCACGAUCAGGUCAGUUGUUUUCCCGAGGGUGUCAACAGCACCAAUUCGACGGGCCCGAGACCAUACCCUGACUUUUAUAUCGCCAUCCCCAUCAUCUAUUCAGUGAUAUGUGCGGUUGGGUUAACGGGCAACACAGCCGUAAUCUAUGUUAUACUCAAAGCCCCAAAAAUGAAAACAGUGACAAACAUAUUCAUUCUGAACCUGGCCAUCGCGGAUGAACUCUUCACUUUAGUUUUACCCAUAAACGUCGCGGACUACCUUCUGCUUCAGUGGCCCUUUGGCGAGUUGAUGUGCAAAUUAAUCAUUUCCAUUGAUCAAUACAACAUCUUUUCCAGCAUAUACUUCUUGACCAUCAUGAGCAUUGACCGCUACCUGGUGGUCCUCGCCACAGCCAAGUCGAAGAAAAUGUCCUAUCGCACCUACAGGGCGGCUAAGAUCAUCAGUAUCUCCGUCUGGCUCCUCGUUACCGUCAUAAUUUCGCCCUUCACGAUUUUCGGUAAGAUCCACGACGACAAGGGCAGGUUGCAGUGUGUCUAUGUGUUUCCAUAUCCUGAGGUUCUGUGGUGGAAGGCUAGUAGGAUUUACACUCUCCUGAUGGGAUUUGCCAUUCCAGUAUCCACAAUCUGCAUCCUAUACACAAUGAUGUUGUGUAAAUUGAGAAAUAUGCGUUUGAACACCAACGCCAAGGCUCUGGAUAAAGCCAAGAGAAAGGUGACGAUAAUGGUGAUGGUUAUCCUAGCGGUUUGCCUGUUCUGCUGGACGCCCUACCAUUUGAGCACGAUUGUGGCGUUAACAACAGAUAUUCAACAGACAACAGUUAUCAUUGGGAUCUCCUACUUUAUCACCAGCCUAAGCUAUGCCAACAGUUGUCUUAAUCCUUUUCUGUAUGCCUUUUUGGAUGACAGCUUCAGAAAGAGCUUUCGGAAGCUAAUAGAAUGCAGAGCAACUCCUAAUAUUUAGUGUUGGGUGUACAGUAUCUGUCCAUUUACUAAUGUUGCAUGUGAUUCUGCCUUGCCUACUUCAAAAACUAUGCCCCGAGAUGCCCAUGUAUGCUCUUUAAAAGACUGUUAAUGUACUGAUUAUAUCCUGGGGAAUAAAAUAAAUUUACUGGUCAAAUUAAAAAUUAAAUUUACACUAUGGGAAUAUAGAAGUUCCAUAAUGCAUAUGUAUAUAACCUUUAUAUAUGUAUGGUAUUAAAUGUUACAUAUAAUUUGAAUAAAAGGAUACAUUCGUUGUGCAAAGUUCAUGCAGUUAUUGUAUGAUAUAUGUAUGUAUUGGUUAGAUCAUUUGGAAGACAAUGUAUAACAAUACAGUGUUGCUAAAAGCAUGUAUGUGAAAUUAUUUGUGAACUGUCCAUUAUGUAAAUAUUUUGUAUGUUGCAAAAGCAACAAGUGAAAUUCUCUCAUCUUAGGCAUGUGCUCGUGCAUUUUUUUUCCGGUUCAUGUGUAAAUUGUUCAUAGAGAUAGUUGCAACUUUAUGGCCAAGGUGUAAACUGACAAAUAAUUAAUGCAGCUCAUGUAGACUUGGCAUCAAAUAUCAUUUGAAAUGUAUAGUCUUAACUAAAUUUUCAUUUUAAAACCUUCAAAUGUAAGUCAAUGUAUUGUCAAUGACACUGUGAAUCUUUUUGAUAAUAAAACC